CAAAGAUGUCUACAACAAACUCAAGCGCAAUAUCAAAUUUUCGAGCGACGGCGAGCCUGUUUAUUCUGUUAGGUCUUACGUGGAUAUUUGCAUUCUGCGCUAUUGGGAAAUUUAGAAUCGUAUUCAAUUACCUCUUCGCAAUUUUCAAUUCAUUUCAGGGGCUGUUUAUUUUCACAUUUUAUUGUAUGCUGAAACAAGAAGUUGUAAUAUCUUUGAAGAAGCUGUGCAACAUCAAGUCUGAUGACUCAAAGGCCCAAAAACCUAAAGCUGGAGAGACUUCAACAAUGUCGACCUAUCAAGAAAUUUCAAGAGUAUCGACAGAUCAAGAUUCAAGACAGCUAGAACCGAAAGUAGUCAGAAAAAAUUAAGCAAAAUAAUAAUUUG